UGAAUCUUUAUUAAUAUAUUAACGAUCGUCGACGCAUGCAAAUUAACGACCGAAAUAACUAUACUGAUAACGGACGAUAUUUACAACAACUGUCGCGUAAGGCUAGACAAAUAAUUUUGAAAUUGGAACAGAGCGAUUGUUUGUUUGGAUCGCAUGUCGAUAUUUGUCUACGUGUGUCGAUGUGCGACGCUUCUUGUGUGCGUUCAGGUAUAUAUAAUUUUGAACUUUGCUCACGCAUCGAUUCAAGGACACUUGACUCUACAUUCCACGUGAAAUGAUGACUGCAAGGAGAAUCAACGUGGUGUUGUUCCUAACUGUGUUAUUCAAAGCCGACUCGGUAUUCACCGUCCCGAUAUAUACCAAGAUCGUGCCUUUGGAAAUCUGCAAGCACGAUGCUCUGAAUUACAGUUUGCCGGAUGCAGUAGUGCCGCGAACCUACGAGAUAUGGCUGAUGCCAAUUGAUGAUAAAUUCCAUGGGGUGACCAAUAUCAUCGUCGAAGUAAUCCGAAUGACCUCGAGCGUAAUUUUCCACGCGGAAAAUUUGACGAUAGAUCUACAGAAAAUCAGUUUUAAGUCAGAAGUAAUGAUGAAUACUAAAAUAGUGCCCAAGUUAAUGGGAUAUGAACAUUGUAGAGAAAUGCAGACUGUAUCUCUGCUAUUUGAAGUGGAGAUACCUCCUGGGUACUAUAUGCUGCACGUGGAGUACAUGGGUCGCAUCGAGGACAGCUUAGGUUUGAUCCGGAUGAGAAGCAGGAAAAAGUCGUACGUGACGAUACUUGAACCGACCGGGGCUCGACGAGUGUUUCCAUGCUGGGAUGAGCCAAAGUUCAAGGCGAUCUUCAAGAUCAGCGUCAUACAUUGGCCUGGACAAUACGUCUUCUCGAACAUGCCGUACGACAAUUCUAUGCAGCUGAACCAUGGCAGGAAAUUGACGGAGUUUUCACCUACACCACCCAUGCCCACUUAUCUGAUGACAAUCGUUAUUCUCGACUCGGGGUACGGAAACUUGACAGAAGACAGAGUAUGGUUCAGCGAGCAGAUAACCGAAGAAAUGAGUAAUAGCGUGCGACAAAUCGCCAUGCACAGCGACAGGUUCUUAAUGCGCUACACCGAGAAAUUCGGCGAAAAUUCGACAACCCACGUCGUCGUAUUUCCAGAGCUCCCUAAACAGAUCACGGGAGGUUGGGACUACGUAAUUUUCAGACACAGUGAUCUCCUCUACGAACAAGGUGUCGAUUUUCCCGGUCGUUUGAUCGAUGUAUGGAGAGCGGUGGCACACGGAAUGGCACGAAAAUAUAUCGAGAGUUUGGUCAGCCCAACUAAGUGGUCUCAUCUGUGGUUUAGCAGGGCACUUGAGUUGUACCUCAGCUAUAAUAUCGUCGGGGAGAAUCUUAACGAGGAACGGAUGAUGCAGCUUUUUAUAAUACAAGUUCUACAGCCUGUUCUGCAUAACAAUGUUGUCCUCAAAAUGCCAUCUGUAUUACAGGAGCACGAUCCGAUUUAUUCUACUCUCAUUUACAGGAAAGCAUCCGUCAUAAUAAAGAUGCUGGAACAUAUCGUUACAAAGAAGGUGAUGCAGCAAGCCAUUGCUGAAUACUUAAAUAAAUAUGCGUAUGGUUCCGCCGCACCAGACGAUUUCUUCGAGAUCGUAGAUAGACUAACGCAUCGAUUAAAGGAGAUACCGCAAUAUAAUGUAACGGAUAUAGUGCACACCUGGCUGUCGCAAAGCGAGUAUCCUACGUUGCUGGUUACACAAAAUUAUACUACCAAUUCGACGAUAAUUUCAUUUAACGACAGAGGACGCAGCCCUGGUGAGCAGGUGAAAUGGUUGAUACCGAUUACUUAUGUUAAGCAAAAAUGUCCCAAUUGUAUCCAGGAGGUUCCUAAAUUGUGGUUAAAUAAGAAUAAAACGUUAUGGAAUAAUUCUUAUAUUAAAUAUUUUAAUGAAAAGGAUUGGAUUCUACUGCACGUGCAACAAUUCGGCUACUAUCGUGUCAAUUACGAUAAUGAGAGUUGGCUGAGAAUCGCGCUUUUCUUAAACGACGACGAUUAUAAGCAGAUACAUGUUUUGAAUCGUGCUCAGAUCCUCGAUGAUGCGUAUCAUUUUUUGAUGGAAGGUAAUCUGCAUAUGUUGACCUAUAUGUCCUUGAUCCAGUACUUAUCGAAGGAGACUGAUUUUAUAGUAUGGCACUCUAUGAUGAACGUCUUGCAAUACAUGUCGCCUUUCUUCAAAUUUCCAGAAAGUAAGAAUUUCAAGAGCGACAUGAUAGGCAUCAUGACAAACGUUCUAAGUAAGAUCGGAUACGAUGAACAUCCUAAUGACGAUGACAUGUUGAGAGCUACACGAUUAUUACUCCUAAAUUGGGCAUGUAAACAUGGCAGUAAAAAGUGUAGGGAGAUGGCCAACUAUAAGCUGAGAGUACACCUCGCCUAUUCUAAAAAAUAUCCAGUUUUACUGUGGUGGAAGGAAUGGACGUUUUGCGCGGGUCUGAUGAAUACGACCUCCGAGAUUUGGGAUAAAAUACAGCGUGACAUCUCGUACGGAUAUCGUCUAGAAACAAUAAAAUAUCUGCCCUGCAACGAUAACGAGGACAUGCUCAAGGAACUUUUAGCCUCGAUCACAUUUAGAUUUCAACGUAAGUGGACGCACUUGGGAGGUCCGCAACUGAGGAACUUAUAUCACACCAUAGUGGAGAAGCACUCGAGAAAAUCUAAUAUGCUUGAUUUCAUCUUGGAGAAAUUUAGUAUUAUAGAUUUAGGUUAUAUAAAUAAAUUCGAUAAAUUAGCCGAUAUUGUAAUGAGUGUGUAUUCUAAGUGUGAACUUAACAAGAUAUUGAAAUACGUAACAGAUAAUCUCCACUGGCACAAAGAAACGAUAGACGCUGUUGGACAUUUAAUAGCAACGCGAUUGAAUCAAAUAAAUAAGCAAAAAGACACAUUCGUACGUCUUUUUUCACACAUUACGAAACUAGAGGAGUGUUGAACUCUUUUUCUCUCAUUCGAGUAUAACAAUUGUACGCGUAUUUUAAUACGUAAAAAUAAAUUUUAACGUUGACUUUGAAAUCUGUGACGUAUUCUAUCCUCUUCUUAUUUCUUUUAGAAAAAGUUCAAAUUAUUGUUUUAAUUUUCGCUUAUUUUACCGACCGUUCUCAAGCAAAGUAACGAACCUGCUUAUAACAAACGAUAUUCAUAACCGCGAAGUGGCGUUUUCGAUGGAAUAAUCGAAAAAGAAUGCAGACAUGUUGACCAAUAGAAUAUAAC